AAAAAAGAGGAGGAGAGAGAGAGACAUUUUAACCCUUUAUUGGCCUUGGAGUAUCCUCCCCCCACCUUAUUUUUGGGGGGAGGGGGCACAGUUUCUUCCCCUUCCCUCCCUCUCCCUUUCCCUCCCCCCUCCCCUUUUCCACCUCUUCUUGAUCUCUCUUCCUCUCUAUUUUUUCAAAUGGUGUAGCGGCCAGAGGUGCUGUGCUAAAUUCUUGGAUGGGGCCCGGAUGUACCGAGGAUGCAUUACAAUUUCACUAAAGGAGGCAGUAGUGGAGAGAAUCAGUUUUUGGCAUUUGUUGCAAUAAUGGGAAUCAGGUAAUCAUCGGAAGGGGGAAAUACUGCAGCUCCACGGCUUCCUUGGAUUUUGCACGAAAGACGACCUCGAUCUCCGAAGUGGGAUUAAAUCAGAGCUGUUUUGUGGAGGUUUUCUCCCCCAAUCCAUCCCAUUUUUGGUUUCUUUUUUCUCCCGUUUUGGUAAAUGGUCAAUGAAAACAAGAGGAUGUACAUUCCGGAAGAAAAUCACCAAGGUUCCAACUAUGGGAGCCCUCGUUCAGCUCAUGCCAACAUGAAUGCCAAUGCUGCGGCAGGGCUUGCUCCGGAGCACAUCCCCACUCCAGGAGCAGCGCUCUCAUGGCAAGCUGCUAUCGAUGCUGCCCGGCAAGCCAAGCUGAUGGGCAGUGCUGGCAAUGCUACCAUCUCCACCGCCAGCUCUACUCAGAGGAAACGGCAGCAAUAUGGGAAGCAGAAGAAGCAAGGGAGCACAACAACCACUCGUCCGCCCCGUGCAUUGCUGUGCCUGACCCUGAAAAACCCCAUCCGGAGAGCAUGCAUAAGCAUUGUUGAAUGGAAAUCAUUUGAAAUCAUUAUUUUACUGACUAUUUUUGCCAAUUGUGUGGCCUUAGCGAUCUAUAUCCCCUUUCCAGAAGAUGAUUCCAACGCCACUAAUUCCAACCUGGAACGAGUGGAAUAUCUCUUUCUCAUCAUUUUUACAGUGGAAGCAUUUUUAAAAGUAAUAGCAUAUGGACUUCUCUUUCACCCCAAUGCUUACCUCCGCAAUGGCUGGAAUUUACUAGAUUUUAUAAUUGUGGUAGUAGGGCUGUUUAGUGCAAUUUUAGAACAAGCAACCAAAGCAGAUGGGGCAAAUGCAUUAGGAGGAAAAGGGGCUGGAUUUGAUGUAAAAGCUCUGAGGGCUUUCCGAGUGCUACGCCCCUUACGUCUGGUGUCUGGAGUACCAAGUCUACAAGUGGUUUUAAAUUCCAUCAUCAAGGCCAUGGUCCCACUGCUGCAUAUUGCCUUGCUUGUGUUAUUUGUCAUAAUCAUCUAUGCCAUCAUUGGAUUGGAACUCUUCAUGGGGAAGAUGCACAAAACUUGCUACAACCAGGAGGGUUUAACAGAUGCCCCAGUAGAAGAUGACCCUUCUCCUUGUGCCCUUGACACGGGACAUGGACGGCAGUGCCAGAAUGGCACCAUAUGUAAAGCAGGGUGGGAUGGACCCAAACACGGCAUCACCAACUUUGACAAUUUCGCCUUCGCCAUGUUAACUGUGUUCCAGUGCAUUACAAUGGAGGGCUGGACGGAUGUGCUGUACUGGGUCAAUGAUGCCGUAGGAAGGGACUGGCCCUGGAUCUAUUUUGUUACACUAAUCAUCAUAGGGUCAUUUUUUGUUCUUAACUUGGUUCUCGGUGUCCUUAGCGGAGAAUUUUCCAAAGAGAGAGAGAAGGCAAAAGCUAGAGGAGACUUCCAAAAGCUGCGAGAGAAGCAGCAGCUGGAAGAGGACCUCAAAGGCUACUUGGACUGGAUCACUCAAGCUGAAGAUAUUGACCCUGAGAAUGAAGAUGAAGGCAUGGAUGAGGAGAAGCCCAGAAAUAUGAGCAUGCCCACAAGCGAGACAGAGUCCGUCAACACUGAAAACGUGGCUGGAGGCGACAUCGAGGGAGAGAACUGUGGGGCGAGACUGGCGCACCGAAUCUCCAAAUCAAAGUUCAGCCGUUACUGGCGCAGGUGGAACAGGUUCUGCAGAAGGAAGUGCCGAGCUGCUGUCAAAUCCAAUGUUUUCUACUGGCUUGUUAUUUUCCUUGUGUUUCUCAACACACUCACCAUUGCCUCAGAGCACUACAACCAGCCCCACUGGCUCACGGAAGUCCAAGACACUGCCAACAAGGCCCUGCUGGCUCUUUUCACUGCAGAGAUGCUGUUGAAGAUGUACAGCCUUGGCCUCCAGGCCUAUUUUGUGUCUCUGUUCAACCGCUUCGACUGCUUCAUCGUGUGUGGAGGAAUCUUGGAGACCAUCCUGGUAGAGACCAAGAUCAUGUCCCCCUUGGGGAUCUCAGUGUUGAGAUGUGUCCGGCUGCUGAGGAUAUUUAAAAUUACAAGGUAUUGGAAUUCCUUGAGCAACCUGGUAGCAUCAUUACUGAAUUCAGUGAGAUCAAUUGCUUCACUCCUGCUGCUCCUUUUCCUCUUCAUCAUCAUCUUCUCUCUCCUGGGGAUGCAGCUCUUUGGUGGAAAGUUCAACUUUGAUGAGAUGCAGACCCGAAGGAGUACAUUUGAUAAUUUCCCCCAGUCUCUUCUCACUGUGUUUCAGAUCCUGACCGGGGAGGACUGGAAUUCGGUGAUGUAUGAUGGGAUCAUGGCUUAUGGAGGGCCCUCUUUUCCAGGGAUGUUAGUCUGUAUUUACUUCAUCAUCCUUUUCAUCUGUGGAAACUACAUCUUACUGAAUGUAUUCUUGGCCAUUGCUGUGGACAAUCUGGCCGAUGCUGAGAGCCUCACAUCUGCUCAGAAAGAAGAGGAAGAGGAAAAAGAGAGGAAGAAGCUAGCCAGGACUGCCAGCCCUGAGAAGAAGCAAGAGGUGGAGAAACCAGCUGUGGAGGAAACUAAGGAGGAGAAAAUUGAGCUAAAAUCAAUUACUGCUGAUGGGGAGUCUCCACCUUCUACAAAAAUCAAUGUGGAUGACCUUCAACCCAAUGAAAAUGAGGAGAAAGGUUCCUAUCCCAGUCCAGAAGCUGGAGGAGAAGAAGAGGAAGAGGAGCCUGAGAUGCCUGUGGGCCCCCGUCCUCGCCCACUCUCUGAAUUGCACCUCAAGGAGAAAGCAGUACCCAUGCCAGAAGCCAGUGCAUUUUUCAUCUUUGGCCAUAACAACAGGUUUCGUCUUCAGUGCCAUCGCAUUGUCAACAACAAUGUUUUUACCAAUCUGAUCCUCUUCUUCAUUCUGCUCAGCAGCAUCUCCCUGGCUGCUGAGGACCCGGUCCGCCACAACUCCUUUCGGAACCAAAUUCUGUUUCAUUUUGAUAUAGUUUUUACUACCAUUUUCACCAUUGAAAUUGCUCUGAAGAUCCUAGGCAAUGCAGACUAUGUCUUCACUAGUAUCUUUACCUUAGAAAUUAUCCUUAAGAUGACCGCCUAUGGGGCUUUCCUCCACAAGGGCUCUUUCUGCAGGAACUACUUCAACAUCUUGGACCUCCUCGUGGUCAGCGUGUCCCUGAUCUCCUUCGGUAUCCAGUCCAGUGCCAUCAAUGUUGUCAAGAUCUUGAGAGUUCUUAGAGUACUCAGACCCCUGAGAGCUAUCAACCGGGCCAAGGGAUUAAAGCAUGUGGUCCAGUGUGUGUUUGUUGCUAUCCGAACCAUAGGGAACAUUGUGAUUGUCACGACGCUUCUGCAAUUCAUGUUUGCCUGCAUUGGGGUACAGCUGUUCAAGGGCAAACUCUACACCUGCACAGACAGUUCCAAACAGACUGAGGCAGAAUGCAAGGGCAAUUAUAUCACAUACAAAGAUGGUGAGGUAGAUCAUCCCAUAAUUCAGCCUCGAAGUUGGGAGAAUAGCAAAUUUGACUUUGACAAUGUCUUGACUGCCAUGAUGGCCCUCUUCACUGUCUCCACCUUUGAGGGAUGGCCAGAGCUUCUAUACCGAUCCAUCGACUCACACACUGAAGAUAAGGGACCCAUCUACAACUAUCGAGUAGAGAUCUCCAUCUUCUUCAUCAUCUACAUCAUCAUCAUCGCCUUCUUUAUGAUGAAUAUCUUUGUGGGUUUCGUCAUUGUCACCUUCCAGGAGCAGGGAGAACAGGAGUACAAGAACUGUGAACUGGACAAGAACCAGCGACAGUGCGUAGAAUACGCUCUCAAGGCUCGGCCCUUGAGAAGGUACAUCCCCAAGAACCAACACCAGUAUAAAGUGUGGUAUGUGGUUAAUUCCACCUAUUUUGAAUACUUGAUGUUCGUCCUCAUCCUUCUCAACACCAUCUGCUUGGCCAUGCAGCACUAUGGUCAAAGCUGUCUUUUCAAAAUUGCCAUGAACAUUCUCAACAUGCUCUUCACUGGCCUCUUCACCGUCGAGAUGAUCCUGAAACUCAUUGCAUUCAAACCCAAGGGUUACUUUAGUGAUCCUUGGAAUGUUUUUGACUUCCUGAUCGUAAUUGGCAGCAUUAUUGACGUCAUUCUCAGUGAGACUAAUCACUAUUUCUGUGAUGCAUGGAAUACAUUUGACGCCUUGAUUGUUGUGGGUAGCAUUGUUGAUAUAGCAAUCACCGAGGUAAACCCAGCUGAACAUACCCAAUGCUCUCCCUCUAUGAAUGCAGAGGAGAAUUCCCGGAUCUCCAUCACCUUCUUCCGUCUCUUCCGGGUCAUGCGUCUCGUCAAGUUGCUGAGCCGUGGGGAGGGCAUCCGCACCCUGCUCUGGACUUUCAUCAAAUCUUUCCAGGCUCUGCCCUAUGUGGCUCUUCUGAUAGUGAUGUUGUUCUUCAUCUAUGCUGUCAUUGGGAUGCAGGUGUUUGGCAAAAUUGCCCUGAAUGAUACCACAGAAAUCAAUCGGAACAACAACUUCCAGACCUUUCCUCAGGCUGUGUUGCUACUCUUCAGGUGUGCCACAGGGGAAGCAUGGCAAGAUAUCAUGCUGGCCUGCCUGCCAGGAAAGAAAUGUGCUCCUGAGUCUGAGUCAAGUAACAGUACUGAGUCAGAAACGUUCUGUGGCAGCAGCUUUGCCGUGUUCUAUUUUAUCAGUUUCUACAUGCUCUGUGCCUUUCUGAUCAUCAACCUCUUUGUAGCUGUCAUCAUGGACAACUUUGACUACCUGACAAGAGACUGGUCCAUCCUAGGUCCUCAUCACUUGGAUGAAUUCAAAAGGAUCUGGGCUGAAUAUGACCCUGAAGCUAAAGGUCGUAUCAAACAUCUGGACGUGGUGACCUUACUCCGGAGGAUCCAGCCCCCCCUGGGGUUUGGAAAGCUGUGCCCUCAUCGAGUGGCAUGCAAACGUCUGGUGUCCAUGAACAUGCCUCUGAACAGUGAUGGGACUGUAAUGUUCAAUGCUACCUUAUUUGCCCUGGUCAGGACAGCCUUGAGGAUCAAAACAGAAGGGAAUUUGGAACAAGCCAAUGAAGAGUUGCGAGCAAUUAUCAAAAAGAUCUGGAAAAGGACUAGCAUGAAGCUCCUAGACCAAGUGGUUCCUCCAGCUGGUGAUGAUGAGGUGACUGUUGGGAAGUUCUACGCCACUUUCCUGAUCCAAGAGUAUUUCCGAAAAUUUAAGAAGCGCAAAGAGCAAGGGCUAGUAGGCAAGCCCUCCCAAAGGAAUGCACUGUCUCUGCAGGCUGGUCUUCGUACGCUGCAUGAUAUUGGACCAGAGAUUCGACGGGCCAUCUCUGGGGACCUGACAGCAGAGGAGGAGUUGGACAAGGCUAUGAAGGAAGCUGUUUCUGCUGCCUCUGAAGAUGACAUCUUUAGGAGGGCCGGUGGCCUGUUUGGCAAUCAUGUCACCUACUACCAAAGCGAUGGUCGAAGCUCCUUCCCCCAGACCUUCACCACCCAGCGCCCACUGCAUAUCAACAAGGCGGGUAACAGCCAAGGCGACACAGAGUCACCAUCCCAUGAGAAACUGGUGGACUCCACAUUCACUCCCAGCAGCUACUCAUCCUCUGGUUCCAAUGCCAACAUCAACAACGCCAACAACACUGCCCUGGGCCGCUUCCCCUGUCCCACCGGUUACCCCAGUACGGUCAGCACAGUGGAGGGCCAUGGGACCCCCUUGUCCCCUGCCAUCCGGGUGCACGAGACAGCAUGGAAGCUCAGCUCCAGGAGAUACCACUCCCGGGACAGCCGGAUAGCUAUGAUGUGUCCCGAGGAGGCAGCCCCCACCAAGAGCUUUGAAGGGAAUGUGAAUGAGGACACAGAAUACUGCAGCGAGCCCAGCCUGAUCUCCACUGAGAUGCUCUCCUAUCAGGAUGAUGAGAACAGACAACUGACACCUCCAGAAGACAAAACCAGGCAAUCUGUGAAAAGAGGUUUUCUUCACUCUUCCUCACUAGGUCGAAGAGCCUCUUUCCAUUUGGAGUGUCUAAAGCGACAAAAGAACCAAGGGGGAGACAUCUCUCAGAAGACAGUGUUGCCUUUGCAUCUGGUUCAUCACCAGGCACUGGCAGUGACAGGCCUCAGCCCUCUCCUUCAGAGAAGCCAUUCUCCAAAUACCACAUUCCCCAGGCCAAGUGCCACCCCCCCAGCAACUCCUCAUGGCCAAGCGUGGCCCCAACAGCCCAUUCCUACACUGUGGUUAGAAGGAGCGGAGUCCAAUGAGAAGCUCAACAGCAGCUUCCCAUCCAUCCACUGCAGUUCCUGGUAUGCAGAGAAUGCCAAUUGUGGAGCCAGCAGGGGCGGCGCCUCCCGGAGAGCCCGGCCAGUCUCCCUCACUGUGCCCAGCCAGUCUGGGGCAGCUGGCAGACAAUUCCAUGGCAGUGCUAGCAGUCUAGUUGAAGCGGUCUUGAUUUCAGAAGGACUGGGACAGUUUGCCCAAGAUCCCAAGUUCAUCGAAGUCACAACCCAAGAACUUGCUGAUGCCUGUGAUAUGACAAUAGAGGAGAUGGAGAAUGCGGCUGACAAUAUUCUCAGUGGUAGCAGCAAGCAGAGCCCCAAUGGCAACCUAUUACCUUUUAUUAACUGCAGGGACGCGGGGCAGGACCAAGCAGGUGGUGAGGAGGAGGAGGGAAUGCCCAACCCCGAAUGUCGAAAGAGUCAGGAGGAGCUCCAGGACAGCAGAGUUUAUAUCAGCAGCCUGUAGUUGCUGGGGCUGUCGUGAUUCGGGGUUUUUUUUAAUUUGUUUCAAUGUUCCUAAUAGGUUCGUUUCAGAAGUGCCUCACUGUUCUCGUGACCUGGAGUUAACCGGAACAGCGUUCUUCAUUCAUUUCUGUUGGGAUGAGAGACAGAGUUGGGUGGUGAUGAGAAAGAGCUUUUCAGGGGAAAGGGAAGCAUCAACCCCAGUCCACAAGUGUAGAGUGGUGAGGAGGUGGAAGAAUAAGGGAGGGAGGAGAGAGAGAACAGGGACCUGCCCCUCCUUGCUUCAGGCCCCAUCCCAGAAAGUGACAGCUGCCUACUGUGCAAGAAGGAUAAUAUCAAUUUUCUGUGGGCCACCCUCAUGAAAAGGACCCUGCAUCAAAUGGGUGUCUUUCAAGUUUGCUUGUAAAAAAAAAAAUUCAUUUUUGCACAUAUUCUGUAUGAGCCUCACUGUCUCCAUAGAGCCAGGGCCCUAUGGAUUUGGAAAAGAAAAUGGCGGCAUGACUUCUGCUGAAGAUCCCAACUCUUUGCCAGAGGGGAAGGAAGAAGAGGAAGAAAGAAGGAAGGAGGAGCUUUUAGGAGAGGGGAACAGGGGGAUGGCAGGGGGAGUGCCCGGAGAGGCACCGCUGCAGAUACAAGCCAAGAUUCCCAGGUGGUUGGGCAAGCAGCUCUGGCCACAACUGCCCCUUCAGGUUGGGGGGUCACAUGCCUGCAAAAGCCACACAAAGCUCUGCACUAGCAGUGGUGCUGAGAAGUCAAGGCUUACAGGAGAUCGGCACUGCCCACCAACGUAGCUCACCUUACAAAGUAAGGUGGCACAGGGCUUCUGUAGAGUGCUCAUUUGUUUUUGCCGUUUUUGAUAUUUUUCUUGGCAGCAUGUUCCAAUUUCCAUUUUUAAUUUUGAUUUCUGAGGGUUCAGGGAGGAAAGAGAGUGUUUACUAGGCUUUUAAGCCACCCACCUUAUCAUUUUAACUUUGGCAAAUGUAAAUCAGGUUUGGUUUCAUUGUAUUAUUUAAACAGUUUUGUUCUUGUUUAUUUUUGCUGAUGGUGGAAGGAGGGGUUCUUUUUCCCCAUUGGAGAUUCAUUAGAAACUAUUAUAGGAGAGUUUUACCAACACCUGUGUAUGCCCAAGACUUUAUUAUUUUUUUCCUUUGGUAGUAACAGAAACCUGGGGGGUGGGAGUGGGGUGUUUUGUUCUAUAAUUUAAAGAUAGUAGGCAGUGCACCCAGUGUGCUGUGUGCACACAUGGGAGUGCUUGAGUUGGGUUCAUUUUCAAUUGGAUAUGUUCAUGAAUGCCAGAGAUAGAGGUGUGUAUGUGUGUGUUGAUGUGCCUAAUAGGUUGAGUUGGGUGAUACUGCAUGGGUGUGUAUGUGUAUGUAUGCGUGCAUGCAUGUGCAGUUCUCCACUCUUUGGGUCAGCCCUACAGGGAGAUCUGAUUCUGGGGCCAUUUGAAUGCAAAAAAAACAAACCACUGUCUCUGUUUCUGAAAGGGAAAUCAGUAACUCUGCAUUUUCUGUUCCACAAGAUAUGCAAAAACAAUGCAAUAAUAUUAAUUUUAACUACAAUUGUGAGUCAUGUUGGCAUUAAAACUGUAUAGAGAUGAAAAACAACAACAGUAAUUUAAGGGGGGGAAAAACAACCCAAGAAGGAGUUUUGCUUCGAUAUAUAUUCCAUGUGAUGUUUUAUUGCAUUGAUAAUGUUUCUGUUGAAGAAACCGUAAUACUUGAAUUCAGGUCAGUUUCAGUAUUUUUCAAAUAUUUUUUUAAAACUGAAUUGCAAUUGUGCCAAGCAAAUAUAAUGAAUUGAAUUAAGUUUGUUUUCGAAUUCACUUCUUGUAUAUUUGGCUGCAUGUAAAGUAAACCAUUUUGUAUUUGGAGCGUGAUAAGCUUUCCCUGUGGACUCUUUAAAUGUUUUUUUUUUUUUUCUCGUAUAAUUGGGGAAGAGGAAAGACUUUUUUAAAAACAUGUACAAUAAGCAAAAACAUUACUGGAGUAAGUAACUAUUCUGUGGUUCUCAGCUGGAUGGGUUGGUGAUGACUGAUUUUGCAUAUCUUGUGCUCCCUCUUCCCUCUCUCCCUCAAGAAUGGCAGAGUUGGAUAGCCCAGUACAGAACUUAGCUUUCAGAAACUAGGAUCUUUUUCUUCCCUUCUUCACAUCUCCAAUCUGCCUGGAUCCUCUCAAAUGAUGCUUUUCUUCUAAGAUGGGCCAUAUUCUUCAUGCCUAAGGAAGCCUGCUUACCAUAAGCCUGGUUUUCAUUUCUACUAUAACUGAGUUAACAUCAGCACCAUUCCCCAAUCUACUCAAGGAUGUGGCUAAUGUUUUUUUCAAUUCCCUUAACAAAAACUUUGCUUGCCAGUUUCCUGGACAUAUUAUAUUAGAGAAAUGAGUGAUGAGAAUGCUGGGUAAUAGUUACUUAAUAAAGUCACUCUGAAAUCUCCCUCCUCACAAGAACUUACGGUGAUGACUUGAGCAAGGGUUGGAUUGUUGUCAUUGCUUCCAUCCUGAAGACUAAAUUUUCCUAUUCCCAUCACCACCCCACCUUCUAUCUCAAAAAAUUAUCCUAGAUUAAUUCAUACUACCAGGCAGUAAUAAGAAGGACCUGUGGAGGUCCUUCAGGCAGGCAGAGUUUAGAAUGUCUUUGGAAGAAAUGCUUAGAAGCAUUUUAUUUUAUGCCCUUUGACAUCUGCCUGAAUAUAUAUGUACUUUUAUCUUCACACAUUUCCCAACACUUUUGUCUGGUAGCAGGAAAGGAGCCAAAUUAGGGAUUAUGAAGUUUGAUUCUGGAAUCUCUUCCACCCGCCAGUUUUCUUUUGAUCCUUCCUAUGAACAAUGUAGACUAGAAGUUGAAAUUUAGAAAAGUUCAUUUUUAUGGAGAGGAUGAGCUUUCCUACCAUGUAGGAUUCAAAAAGGAUCUUAAAAGAAUCAAGAAGAAUCAUUUCAUAAGGAAGACUUUCUACUAGAAAAAAAUCUUCAGCUCAGGUUUUAGUCCAGAGAAGACUCAAUAAUGAGCUAAGAUAAGAGUGCUUCUCCAGAUCCAUCUUAUUUGAGCUUCCUGGUUUGUUUUUUAUUUACAUAUGGGUCUUCUGAGACCCACUGUGGCCACUCCCCUGGAAUAGCUUUUAUUGAGAUCUCUGUUCCGAUCAGGAGAGGAGCUUAGGGCUUGAGUACUUUUUAUACAAUAGUCCCUAUAUAAAGAAAUAGAGAUCUUAUUAUAAGUAUUCUGUUUAUCCUUUCAUACAGUUUACUAGUUUUCUUCUUCUGAAAUUGUCAGCCACAUAACUUACUAAUAAUAUAUUGCAACAUGAGACUAUUAGGUUAACACUCAUGUCAAAUUAUCCUGUCUACUCUCCCAAGUCUUCUCUAGAGAAAAUACUUUCAAGAAAACCAUAGCAACUCAAGUCUGUACCCUACAAGGCAAUGACAUUGAUAAUAAUAAUUCCCUACCAUAUGCUUAACUCUAAUGCUCAGAAAGUUCUCCCUUUCUAGAUCAAUGGAUCUUUAAUUUUAUUUUGUGGUCUGCCAAUUUUAUGUCAAUCAUAGUGAUUUGGUAAAAUUUUCCUACAUCCAAGAGGAAAACCAAAAGGUUUCAUUCUUCCCAUGGUAGAAUAGAAACCCUACUUAUAUUCCAGGGACUAGAGACCACCUUGAAGGGUACAUUCACCAGCCUUUUAAAUAUUCAUCCAGAGUGAUGGAAGCAAAACAGUUAAUGGUUGAAAAUGGCAAGAGCUUAAAGAAGUAUAGAUUAGGUUGGUUUGGGAACCACAGGUUCCAUUUUUACUUGCCCAUUGUCUAAUGUCUGUCAGAAGCAACCUAUUUUCUUUCUAGAUAUUGGUUUGUGGCUUACUUCAGACUGUAAAAGAAAAGAUUCUUUUGUCAUAUUAUGAAUCAAUUCUUCUUAGAUAUCUUCCACAACUGACUGUUUCUACAAGAUUUCUGUGGACUAAAAGCAAAAGUGAAAUUCAUUGUUAUGAUUUGUGCUUCAUUGAUGAAUAUUUCCAUAACUUAAAUCAUUAGUUUUUAUUGUCAUCCACUCAGCUCUGUCAAAAUAGUAAACAUUUAUUCUUUUCAGGAAAUCAGUCCUUGUGAUUGUGACCAAGAAGUAAGACUACCAGAAUUCUGUUUUUCCUUCCCUCUCUUUACCUAUUUCAUCAUUUGGUUAGGUUUCAAAUUUCAGCUUCUUCUCUGCAAUGUUGCUGCCAUCCCAUCACCUUAUUAGAAUCAUCCCUUUUCCACAAGUCCCCUAAGUGAGAAUAAGGGGACAGAAAAAAAAAUCCAUGUCCUUUUGUCAAUCUUUUAUGAAAAAUGAAGAGCACACCAUUCCUUCCUUCAAAAAGUCAGCAAGCAUUUAUUAAUCACCUAUUCUUUGCAGAGCAUUGUACUAGACUCUAGGAGUGAUAAUUUAAAUAAGUCAUGGUAUGUGGCCUCAUGGAUCUUACAGUUUUAAAACAUGAGAGUAGUUUUUAAAGGAACUAGCAGCUAAAUAUCAUCUGUCUCCAGGAAGGACAGAACAAGAAGAAAUGAACAAACCACUUUAGAAUAGACAAUGUAGAGUUGACUGGUAGGCAGAAGUUCAAUCUUAUAGCAUCAGAUAGUUAAUCAGAAGUGACAGCAUCUCCAUUCCUGGAAAUAUGUAGAAGAGAGAUCAAUGUUAUACUACAGAUGGUUUUGAAGUCAAAGGUUCUGUAACUGUAGUUUUAAAAAAAAGACCAGUAGAGUGACAUGUGGAAUCUUCUGGUCUAUCUGGUCCAAUCCCAUUCUUUAAGGAAAGUGAAGACAUGAAACACAUAUAGUGCAAAGAGCUUCCACCUUUUUUAGGAAGGGGGAAAAUGUGAAAGGGAAGGCCAUCAUCCUCUGUCUAUACCUACUUUCUCAGUCUAAUCACUGCACAGAAACCAGUGGUAUGGACUUCAAAAGGCCUAAGAUGUCUCCUUGGGGGAGAAAAGAAAUAAAUUAUUUUAUUCUUGACUUGUCCUUUCAUCCUCUCAGCAAGAUCAUAUAAUUUGGAAGGAAAUAGACAUUUAUAUUGAUGCCAUUAUAACCUCUCUCUCCCUGGGCUGAACUCUUCUUGGUAUUGCUAGAGCACCUCUCAGCCCUUCAUAUCAGGUGUUUUUCUUUCUUUUUCCCCAUCUGGAAUAACAGGUGGGAAGAGAGCCUGAAUUCAUAGAAUUUCCUGACACCUCAGAUCUGGCUUUCCAACAGAUGUCUUUUUUAUUGGGACAUGGGAAUGAAGGCAACAUUCAGGUUAGGACCAAAAGUUAAAUUUCCUUUUCACUUCACUAAUCUGCUCCCUCAUCUCUUCUCUAUCCCUUUUUUCCAACUCUCAUAUUAUAGCCAGAAAGAGAAAGAAGUAGCCUACACAUGGUUUGCUUUGUUUUCCAAUUUUCACUUCAACGUCUUCAUAAUAAUAUCACUGCCAACAACUGACCGAUGUCAAAUACAUUUUUAAAAAUAUCUCCUGAUGUUUUUCAAAGCAAUGUUUCUUUGCUUUGUUAAGAUUAACACCAGCCUAGCAGAUGAAUGGAUCUUCUGUGUUUCUGAGUUGUUUCAAAAAAUGUGUGAGCUGUCAGUGCAUAGCACAUAUAUACACAAUUGUUCUCCUGCAGGUCUAAACGUGGGCCAAAAAGUUAGCCAGAGCCCCAGACAAAUGACUUUAUGGUCCUGUCAGGACAGAUGCUAUAUAAAGUGGCACUCAGAGAAAACCAGAAUGUUGAAACAGCAUAGGUUGUUGCUGCUAAAAAUCAAGGUGAUUUUUUUUCUCACCUCUUCUCUUAAGAAAUUUGUGAUUCAUGGGCAAUGAAGUGAUCAAGGAGUCAAAAGCAAGUUGAGUUUUCUGGUAUAUUAAUGGAUGACAGAUUUUUGUUUCUAAAAAAGAAUUAGAAUUGAAUUUAGUCAGACAGAGACCAAUUCAAAAAGGGGAGCUGAAAGGAGUAGGAUUUUCUGUGAAAAUUCUAUGCUCCUCUAGUCUCCAGGAAGACAUAGAUGGCCCAACCAUGAAUUAAAUAAAAACUUGAAGUAUCAUCUCAGCAAAACUAAACUCCUUCCUAUGGGGUUCAUAUAAUACCACCAUUCUUCAAAUCAAAAUAGUUCAGCUUCCAUAAGUCAUCUAGAUAGGGAAAAAUAGAAUUUAGCUGAGUGAGUCAUUUUUUCUUACUGAUUCACCAACAGAAAAUCAGGUGUACAGAUCAUAUGCAGAAAAAAUAUAUAUUUCCAUAGGACUUUCUACAUAGAAGAUGUGUGGAUAUUUCAUGAGGACAACUUCUAUGAAAAGGAAUAUGCUAGCCAGUGAACAAGUUCUUUCAUGAGUUUUUCAUGCCAGGAGAAGUCUUUGGCAUUUCUUUUCCUGGUAAUAUGAAGAUGUUAGAAAUAUAACAAGGAAGAAGGAAAUUCAAAGACACAGGAAUGAAACAUCUAGGUGAUGAGAACAGCUGAAAGCAAACUGGUUUCACUCAUUUGUAGAAAGUAUUAAUUGAGUUUUCACUCAGGUUCAAAAGAAGAAUAGGCUCUGCUCUGAAGAGCCACGGCAAAUAUUAGAGAGGAACUGAUCACUGGAUCCUAUGGUACACUAUUCAUAAACUUCCUGUUUUGAAGUGACUUCACCAAAGUUAUAAAACUUGAAAAUCAAGGGCAAAUAGUCCUGUCUAAAGGGCUCCCUCAGAAAGUCAUCUUCAUUGAACUGAAUACUACAAACUCUUUUCACCAUCUGCAUUAACAAAGACUUAUCACUCCCAACCAUAUUUUGUGGCUUCAUCUCAUUCCCUUUAUUCUCAGACUCAUAUAUCUUGGGAUUUUCCCUAGCUCACCCUCCGCAACUAACUGCCCUUCCCAGAAGAGGUGAUGCUUUUCUCAAAACUUCUUGGGAGGAAGAUCUCAUUGGUACACAGCACCACACAUAUGACCAUACUGAGAAUUCAUUCUUAUUGGUGGGGCUGUGCUAAUGGUGACUGAGAAAGAAUCAAAGGGAAAAUGCACACCUUCCUUGGGCUAGGAAAAUAGGAGGAGGAAGACUUGGGGGGAGUCUUCCAGUUGGUCAAGUAUCAUAUCAUCUGUUUCAAAUGCUAGUCUUGUUACUUUGCUAUUUCAUUUUAAUAUCAGAGUUGUUGAACAAAACCUCCCUUUGGAAUAAAUGAUGCCCCCACAUAUUCCUUGCCUAAUUUCCUGAGCCUUGACCAACCACCUUUUUCCCCCAUAUCCACUCACACUCAUGUUUCUCACCUCCCUUAACUCAGAGACAUAAACAGUGCCUCUAUUGUUAACACCAAUCCAUAACCAACUUCUACACCGACCUUCACCCAUCCAGUCUCCAUGAUUUCACAGAAAUGUUCCUGUAAAUAUUGCUGUACAGUUUAUCACUGUUAUUAAAGCCUGUCAUUUGGAGGUCUCACCUGCCUCACCUUCUCACCCCAUGUGAAAGGCAAGGGAAUCUGAAAAGGGCCAACCCUUUAAGGAAAGUUUCAGGGUCAUCUCUGUGUGGGACACUCUGUAUAUUCCUGUAAGAUUGCAUUUUUAUCUAAGGAAUGAUGUUAUUUAAAAAAAACAAAAAACAAAAACCACAAAGUUGCAAAUAAAUUUCUUAACAAUGUA